AUGUCGGCUCAGUUCCAAUUACUCGUCCUGAGAGGUGGUGGUUCGGUUUUAGUGCUGGCACCAGCCAUCGUUAUCGUUUCCUCGAUGCAACUUACAUCAUUUUUACCAACGACCAUUCUCAUACAUUACGGACUUUUUUUAUUCUCAUUUACUUCGAGGACCAAAGCCAUUCUUCUCUAUCCCUCCGGUUCUGUUUUUCAGAUCACUUUAGGUGCAUCAGUACCUGUGAGAUCAAAUAAAAGAGGAAGCGUCGUAUUUUCUUCCGGAUUUCAAUACAACUAUUAUUUGCCAUCCAACGUAUCGGAUUUUGAAUCUACGGUCGUCCUUUCAAGACACAUUAGAGAUCUCGAUCUUCGAGAUACCUACACGAGAAUUGAACAUUUUUUAGAAGAAUAUGGUUGGGGAAAUGGAAGAGAAUGCCUUUUAAGAAGUAUUUGCGAACUCGCUGAAAUUCCGCUUCUCAGGAAGGAUGAUGAUGAUGAUGAUAUAAUCGUCGAAACGAUACAUUUCAUUUUAACGCCGUCGGAAGACUUGGCAACCUCGAUUAAUUCCACUCAUCGGAACGUUGAGGAGUUGUACAGGGAUGCUGAAAGAUUGGGCAAAUCUGGCGUUGACUGCACGUUAACGUAUCCCGAUUGCAUCGAAUCACCUCUGAAAUCAUUCACCGAGAUCUUAUUUCCUUAGGGAAACGAGCGAAAGGG